CAGCAAAACUGUUUACAAAUCAAAUUCAACACCUCCCAAUAAUAACUGUUGGUCAAACCAAUCACCGAUGUCAAUCGCCCAAUCCAACAUAAAUCCGGCGAUCCAACUCGCCGCCGCCACCAUCCGCCAGCACCACCACCGCAUACACUUUCUCCAGAAUCGCUCCAUCCUCUCACGCGCCGUGUCCUUCCGCCCCCUGACGCUCGGGGCAGCGAGCGUGAGAGCGUUUUCCACGAACGAGGCUCAGCCCACCGACGUUCAGAAGCUUCCAAGUAAACCGUCGAUAUGCACGGCCGACGAGCUCCACUACGUCACCGUCGACAACUCCAACUGGCGGCUCGCGCUAUGGCGCUAUACACCGCCGCCGCAGGCUCCUCAGAGGAAUCAUCCGCUGUUGCUGUUGUCUGGUGUGGGGACAAACGCCAUUGGAUAUGAUCUGUCUCCUGGGUCAUCUUUUGCUCGUUAUAUGUGUGGCCAAGGAUUUGAUACUUGGGUUCUGGAAGUUCGAGGGGCUGGUCUGAGUAUGCAAGGCUUGGAUUGUAAAGCAGUUGAAGAGGCGGCUCAUAAAAAAUCUGAACAAAUGGAAGCUGCUGCAGAAAAUAUGAUUGAGGGCACCCUCCUGGCAAACCAGCAGCCAUCCACAGGCCAGAAUGAGUUGGUUAAUUCUAAGGUAGCUGUGGUCAGUGAAGAACCAAACGGAGUUGCAACCGCAUGGGAUGAAUCCAGACUCGUCUCAGAGGUGUCAGAAUUUUUCACGCGCUUAUCAGAGAGGCUUUCUGGUUUUCUUAGUGAAAGUCAGUCGAAGAUUAUGUCUGCCAAAUUUUUCGAUCAAAUAUCAAAAUUCUUUGAGGAUUCCCUUAUACUCGAAAGUUUUAAUGAGAUAAAGGAAAAAGUUUUAAAUUUGCUAGACACAGAACAAAACUCCAGUGUAGCUGGACAAAUUAAGGAACUAAGUCAAAAGCUGGUAGAUGUCAUUGAAGAAGGUCAACGUUCUGUUCCGCCCCAACUUUUUGAUCUGCAAGAACGCUUACUCACGACAGUGGAUGAUUUCCAGAAACAGUUGGACUUUAUUGUCAAAUAUGACUGGGACUUUGAUCAUUAUUUGGAAGAGGACAUUCCUGUUGUGGUGAGAUGGAAUAUAUACGGGCCCAGAGCAAACCAAAGGAUGGUCGGUUGCUCGCAAUUGGUCACUCCAUGGGGGGUAUUUUGCUAUAUGCAAUGGUAUCCCGAUACAUUAGCACAUUUCCUUCUGGAUUGGCGUUCUUCUGCAAAUUUUAACAAUAUGUUGGUUUUAAAAGGUUCUGAAGGAAGAGAUCCUGGAUUAGCUGCUAUCGUUACAUUGGCUUCAUCACUGGAUUACACCACAUCUAAUUCGACACUCAAACUUCUUCUUCCUCUCAAUCAUAACAGAAUGUUUUUCGUCCCACAGGCUGACCCUGCACAGGCUCUUAAUGUACCUGUUGUUCCUUUAGGUGCAUUGCUAUCAGCAGCCUAUCCCCUUUCUUCCCGUCCGCCUUAUGUCUUGUCGUGGAUGAAUGACCUGAUAUCAGCACAGGGUAUGAUGCACCCCGAAUUGUUGGAGAAGCUAAUCCUUAACAAUUUUUGUACUAUUCCUGCUAAACUAUUAUUACAGCUGACGACUGCCUUUCGGGAAGGCGGGCUCCGUGACAGAAGUGGUACAUUCUUUUACAAAGAUCACAUUCAUAAGAGUAGAGUUCCUGUUUUAGCCCUUGCUGGGGAUCGGGAUUUGAUUUGUCCACCAGAAGCCGUAUAUGAAACUGUGAAGCUCAUUCCUGAGAAUUUGGUCACAUAUAAAGUGUUUGGUGAACCUAAUGGCCCACAUUAUGCUCACUACGACUUGGUGGGAGGACGGAUGGGUGUACCUGAAUGGUUAAACCCUUACACAAAAUUCGGUGAUUUAUGUCACGGUUAAUAUUUUCAGAUCCCUUGUUUUGAGUUUUAAUCUUUCCUUACAUGUUAUAGUGUUGGGAUUUCCGUCGCUUUGGGUCAUGGUGAAGUAGUUGUAAUACUAAUCAUGUGAUUUGUAAAUGACAGAUUUAUUGUGUUUAUUUGUUUUGUAUUCCCCAGCAUUGUAUUGGAAUUUCUCUUGUUUAAUGUUUCGGCUAAUAUAUCUUAUUGAACAAUAAUACAUUAGUUUAUUAUAUAUGGUGUACUUUUGAAAACAAC